AUGGCUGACAGUAGGCUUCUCUGGGCUGCAAGGGGUGGAGCUACACAGAGUUUACAGGAACUGCUGACUGCCGGGGAGUGCAACAUCAAUGUCCAGGACUGGAAUGGGUGGACACCACUUCAGGAGGCUGCCAGGGGCGGCCACACGCAAUGUGUCCAGCUUCUCCUCCAACAAGGGGUUGAUACCAAUAUACAGGCUGAGAAUGGAUGGACACCACUUCACCAGGCUGCCAGGGGCGGCCAAACGCAAUGUGUCCAGCUUCUCCUCCAACACGGGGCUGAUACCAAUAUACAGUCUGAGAAUGGGUGGAGACCACUUCACUGCGCUGCCAGGGGCGGCCACACGCAAUGUGUCCAGCUUCUCCUCCAACACGGGGCUGAUACCAAUAUACAGGCUAAGAAUGGGUGGACACCACUUCUGGUGGCUGCCAAGGGCGGCCACACCGAAUGUGUCCAGCUUCUCCUCCAACACGGGGCUGAUACCAAUAUACAGGAUAAGAAUGGGUGGACAUCACUUCACUGCGCUGCCGAGUGCGGAGACACACAAUGUAUUCAGCUUCUCCUCCAACACGGGGCAGAUACCAGUAUACAGGCUAAGUGUGGGUGCACACCACUUUACCUGGCUGCCAAGGGCGGCCACACACAAUGUGUUCAGCUUCUCCUCCAACACGGGGCUGAUACCAAUAUACAGGCUAAGUAUGGGCGGACACCACUUCACUGGGCUGCCUUGUUGGGCCACACACAAUGUGUUCAGCUUCUCCUCCAACACGGGGCUGAUACCAAUAUACAGGCUAAGAAAGGGCUGACACCACUUCACUGGGCUGCCUUGUUGGGCCACACACAAUGUGUUCAGCUUCUCCUCCAACACGGGGCGAAUACCAGUAUAAAGACUAAGGAUGGGUGGACAUCACUUCACUUGGCUGCCUACAAGGGCCACACACAAUGUGUCCAGCUUCUCCUCCAACAUGGGGCGGAUACCAAUAUACAGACUGAGCAUGGGUUGACACCACUUCAUGUGGCUGCCUUGACCUAUCAUUGUGUUGAGCUUCUCCUCCAACACGGGGCGGAUGCCAGUAUACAGACUAAAGAUGGGUGGACACCACUUCACGUAGCUGCCAGGUUCGGCUACACACAAAGUGUUCAGCUUCUCCUCCAACACGGGGCGGAUUCCAGUAUACAGAAUAAGGAAGGAAAGACACCAAGAAUGUUGGCAAAAGGCAAAGAACACGCUACCGUAACAGAACUGCUGAGGCGUUUUGAAAUACCAGAUAUACAGGGGUAUGCACAGACCAGGACUUUGGAGCACCUUGCUGAACUAUUAGAUCCUGCUGAAUACACCAUUAUUAACCAGACCAACCUGAGCACAAACUUCCCUGACGUCUUUCAAUUCCAAAAAGUGCAGGAACUGAAAAACUGGGCCGACAAGAACAAUUGUACAAAGAUUAGAGACCUAAAGGAUCGGCUACAGGAUUCAAACCUUCCACGACUUUCCAGUGCGGCAGUGGACUAUUAUGCUGAAGUGGUGAAGAAUAUUUCAGACAUGCCCCCAGAUGACUUUGAAGAACUUUGUAGAACCCUGAUCACUGCCAGGCACAUGUGCAUAACAUGUUCAGCAACCACUAACCAGCAAGAAAUAAA